AUGAGUACUGAUGACCUGCCGCAGGAAUCCCCUCGCCAGGUUUCAGGCUACAAGUGGUUUUUUGUUUGCGUUGGCUUCUAUCUUACCACAUUCCUAUACGGUCUCGAUACGACAAUCGCUGCAGAUGUUCAAGGUCCAAUUAUAGAGACAUUCGGUCAGAUAGAGAAGAUAUCAUGGGUUGGUAUUGCGUUUCCAAUGGGCUCUGUAGCGACAAUCCUUCUCAUGAGUUCCGCGUACGGUUCAUUCGACAUCAAAUGGCUCUAUAUAUGCAGUAUUGUUCUGUUCGAAAUUGGAAGUGCCAUCUGUGGCGCAGCGCCAACCAUGGAUACCUUAAUUGGUGGUCGAAUUGUCGCUGGAAUCGGAGGGGCAGGCAUGUAUCUUGGAUGCAUGACGUAUAUCGCCAUCUUAACCAGUCCGAAAGAGCGCCCUAUAUACAAUGCUCUUGUCGGACCCUGCUGGGGCACUGGAUGCAUCCUUGGACCGAUCCUUGGAGGAGCCUUCUCUAUCGGUAAAGCUACAUGGCGAUGGGCCUUUUAUAUAAACCUCAUUCUGGCCGCCAUAACAGCACCAAUCUACAUUCUAUGGUUUCCCCGUUUCAAUCCACAGUCCACAGUCUCAACGAAGACAAAACUGAGGAAUAUAGACUGGCUUGGGGCUUUGCUCAAUGCAUCCACUUUUACCACAUUAACGGCAGUGAUUUACUUUGCUGGCGGGACUUGGAAAUGGCAGUCUGGCGCGACCAUAGCUCUCUGGGUUGUCGCUGGGGUUAGCCUGUUCGCGUACAUGAUUCAACAGACCUUCAGCAUCUUUACAACCGAGCAGCACCGUCUUUUUCCCGUGCAUUUCGUUAAGCAACGGACCAUGGUCUUGCUCUAUCUUGGGACAGCAGCAGCAGCUACUAGCCUAUUUGUGCCAGUCUAUUAUAUACCCAUCCUCUUUCAGUUUACAAGAGGAGAUUCUGCCAUGUCGGCUGCUGUUCGUCUUCUCCCAUUCAUAACUGUGAAUGUUACAUUUGCUAUGUUAUCGGGAGGGACUCUGAUGUACUUUGUGACAUCAAGCACCACAACUGCUGCGAUCUAUGGUUUCGAGGUCCUCAUCGCUAUCGGAGCAGGCCUCACGCAACAGAUGGGAUACUCUAUUGCCUGUAUCAAGGUUAAGCCACAGGACGUCGCUGCCGCUGUCGGCUUCGUUAACGUCGCUCAACUUGGCUCUAUCACCAUCGCCUUGGCAAUCUCUGGGUCCGUCUUCCAAAAUGUUGGAUUCCGAAGACUCCAAGAAGCACUGCAGGAGUACAGCUUUUCGGAAGCGGAUAUUAGAUCUGCGCUGGCGGGAACACAGUCAUCAUCACCCCUGAUCCAGUCGGAUGCGAACGUUGUGGACUUGACGGUUGGAGCAAUUUCCCACACGAUUGGCUCGGUGUUUGGAUUAAUCAUCGCUGCUGGAGCUUUGGCCCUGGUAAGCUCUUUUUGUAUGAAACGCGAGAAACUGAGCUUGACUACAAUGCCCGCAAGUUAG